AUGGCGGAAUCGCGUGAGCAGCAAGCAGCGGGCUCUAGCCACCACCAGGAAGGUGAUCGUCAACGACCCGCAGAGGAGCCCAGCGAGGUCCUACUGUUAAUUCUAAUUAUUUUUCCUCCUUUUUUUGUCACUCACCGUAGAUUAAUUAUACUUGGAAUAGUAACGCUCGGAUCGCUGUACACGUUGCAUCUCCUGGCGCAAGAUUUCAUGAAACUAUCCAAACCACUCUUCAUGGCAUCCGGCAAACGAGAUCUGGGCCCAUCGUUAUCCUUCAAUCGAACCGCCACCCUGCUGGACUUUGAGGCAAAAAUCAACUGGAACAAAAUCCUUCAAACCGAUCCGCUCAAGUGUGCCUUUUCCCUCAUCUGCCAACUAGCCGCCGGAGCUGAACCACAGGACGUGCAGGCGAAGAUAAUUUAUGAAUUUGUGGCGUUUAGUGUGGAAAACAGCAAAACAAUCCCACGGCCAUUAAAGGAAUCCUUCGAGCUAGGACUCAAGUACAACAACAACCUGUCGGCGAAGGAAAACUACAAGCAAUGUUACCGUCGCUAUCCGCUGUGUUUGUAUUCCGCUCGUACAAUGCUAAGAUUUAUGAGUUUAUUUGGCAAUGAAUGA